AUGUCAAUGUUGUGCUGUUGUUGUAGUAUCCCUAACAAAGCUUCAUGGCGCAAGACAGAACCAACCGUAAUCAAGGUUCUCAAAGGAAUAUUUUUACGAGUGAUUGGUUUAAUAUUGUAUCUCUACAUUAUUGUAUUGUUUUUUCGAUUGAUAACGGAUGAACCAUUACAAACUGUCGUUCCGUUAUUUGAUUAUAACAUUUCAGCUCCAUAUGCUGAAUUUUCCGCUCCUUUCAAAUACAAUAUAACUUGUAAUUUCAAUUUACAAAGUGGAAAAACGCAGAGCUGUGACAAUUACAUGAUACCGCCAGUAUUUAUUGAAGGGGACAAAACAUACGUGUCGAAAUUUUACACAACAGAUUCUAAUUUUACGUUCUCUAGUGACGGGAUCCAAGAUAUCGGAUUUUCCUUUUAUAUGACUAAUUCUUCGAUAAAUUCUCUUGACUUGUUUUCGACUUUGAGUGCUGCCCUGGUGGCUCACGAUUCAACUUUGUUAUAUGAUUUCUAUGCAAAUAAAAGCUAUAAUCCCGAUUUGCUUGCACAACUUAUUAAAAAGAAUCAAUAUGUUCUUUCUCCAUAUCAGAUGAAUCAAAUUAGUUUCCAACAAUACAUAAAUGAGAGCAUUGCGGAUACUCCAAAAAAUAUUUUUGGUAUUCCUCGAACUGACUAUGACACUGAUGUUGCAAUCGAAACAACAUUUCAAACAUCAAAUUUUCCAUCAACGAAUCUAACAAAUCUAACGAAUCCAACGGAUCCAGAAUUAUUAUUUUAUACAUAUUUGGACCUGACACUGUUAACUUAUGAAGAACCAAAAAUAGGACAAAAAAAAAAUAUUGAUUUACUAGGCAUUCUUAGUGCGCUUGGUGGUGCUAUGAGCGGUUUUUCUGCUGCAUAUGUCUUUCUUUUUGGGAUCGACCGAGUAAAACCAUGGGGACUCUGCCAAAGAAUUUUCAGAAUCAGAGACCCAAUUCAAAAGAAACUAUAUAAAACACUUGGCCCAAAACUACCGUUUGUCAAUGUUGAUGAGAAUGACAAUGACGAAAAAAUGCCAGUUUCUUUGGAAGAACUUCAAAACCGACUGAAUAGUUUAGAACUCUUCUUACGUGAGUACAUUAUUGAUCAUUUGUAUCUUGCUGAAACUCAAAAAAACGUAGAAGAUGGGAAAAUUAAAGUUUGA